AACUCCGACGGGAGGGGUGACUGGCGCAAGUAUCAUCCAAUCAACUGCCCGCGCUCCUGAGUGGGCGGGAAUAACGGUCUUUCCACCAAUGAAAACUCUCCGAGCGAACCCUCCUUCCAAUGAGUAACGAGCCGUCAGCUGACUCUGUUUAGCAGCUAUUGCACGCAAGACUCGAGCUGAGACGGACGCGAAUCACUGUGAAUCCAGAGCUCAUAAAGAUGCAGUUCAUGCUGUUGUUCAGCAGACAGGGGAAGCUCCGUCUGCAGAAAUGGUACGUUCCUCUGUCCGAUAAGGAGAAGAAGAAGAUCACGCGGGAGCUGGUUCAGACCGUUCUGGCCCGUAAGCCCAAGAUGUGCAGCUUCCUGGAGUGGAGGGACCUGAAAAUCGUGUAUAAAAGAUACGCCAGUCUGUAUUUCUGCUGUGCCACUGAGGACCAGGAUAACGAACUGAUCACACUGGAGAUCAUCCACCGCUACGUCGAGCUGCUCGACAAAUACUUCGGCAGCGUCUGCGAGCUGGAUAUCAUCUUUAACUUCGAGAAGGCGUAUUUUAUCCUGGACGAGUUCCUGCUGGGAGGCGAGGCUCAGGAGACGUCGAAGAAGAAUGUCCUGAAAGCCAUCGAGCAGGCGGAUCUGCUGCAGGAGAAUCUAGAUUUUCAGAUCCGUUUGCUUCCAGGUGUUUUGAGUCCGAACAUGUCGGCCGAGUCCUCUGGACUCUUCCAGAGUUAAACCGGUUCAACGCGCUUCAGCCCCGACACGAGUACUUUAACGUGCCCGUGUACUGAUUGGCUGCAUGCUAAGCCCCUCCCCCUGCACGCCUGCUGGCUCCGCCUCUGUUUCCAGCACCAUCCAAUCAGAGAGCUGCAUCUUGGACCCAGUUUCACCUGCACACUCGUCGUGUCUCGUUCAUGUUUGACCGUGUGUGUGUUUAACUGUGCACUGGAGCCUCAUCUGAAGUGAUCUUAUCCCUGUAUCUCGUUCAGGCGACUCUCAUUCAUGUAGCGUCAGGAAAUCAAACCCCGAAUAGACUUUUCAAAUUCAAUGCAUAAUUCAUUCAAACUGUAGAGAUCCAGGUUAUAAAGAUAAAAGUAGACUUUCAGUCUUUGUUUCAGAGCAGAAAUCACAUCUUCCUUAGGUUUUCCAAUUAACAACUUCUUAUAAAACAAAAUCACUUACGAUAGAGUGUCUGAAAACAGGAUGUUUAAUUUUAUGCAGUUUUGAUUCUCAAGUAACUUAAAGGAUUAGUUCACUUCCAGAAUAAAAAUUCCUGAUCAUUUACUCUCCCCCGUGUCCUCCAAGAUGUUCAUGUCUUUCUGUCUUCAGUCGCAAAGAAAUGAA